AGUUCAGUUGACGUUUUUGUUUUUCUUCUUCUUCGUCUCUCCUUACCUCUCUGUUGCUGCUCCAUGUCCUCCUCCGCCUCCGUUGCCGCCUCCGCGCACUCGACGGCCGGCUCGGGUGCGAUGGUGAAGCGCAAGGUUGAUGACCGCGUCAAGACACUGAUCGACGACGUCGCCCGCCAUCAACACCGCGGCCUCAUCUUGUUGGUAGGCGAUCGGGCGAAGGACCAGGUGGUGAACCUGCACCUCAUGAUCUCCCGCGCCAACCACAACGCCAAGCUCAACGUGCUGUGGUGCAUGCGCGAGGACCCCGAUUUCGGCUCGACCGGCAAGAAGCAGCAGGAGAAGCGCGCCCGCCUGGAGGUGAAGGGCGGCCUCUCGACGGAGUCGUCAAAGGAGGCGUUUCAGACCUUCCUCGCACAGACCAACAUCCGCUUCUGCAAGUACAAGGAGACGCACAAGAUUCUUGGCCAGACGUUUGGCAUGGCGGUGCUCCAGGACUUCGAGGCGAUCAACCCGAACACGCUAGCACGCACCAUGGAGACGGUGAAGGGCGGGGGCCUGAUAGUCAUCCUGUUCCGCGCGAUGCGGUCGCUGAAGCAGCUCUACACCAUCGCCAUGGACGUCCACGCCCGCUACCGCACCGAGGCCCAGAAGGAUGUCGUCCCGCGCUUCAACGAGCGCCUUUUGCUCUCGCUGACGGACUGCGACACCGCCAUGUGCGUGGACGACGACCUGAAUGUGCUGCCCAUCACACCGAAGAUGCAGGCGUACGGCAAGAACAGGAAAGCCGACGCCUACGACGCGGACCUCGCCGUGCAGGGCCGCCUGCAGCACGAGGUGGACCUGAACAACGUGAAGGAGAAGCUGAAAGCCAGCGGCGAUGUCGGCCCCCUCGUGCAGAUGUGCCAGACGAUGGACCAGGCGAAGACGGUGCUUUCGCUGAUGCAGACGGUGAUGGAGAAGCGGCUGGACUCGACCUGCGUUGUGACGGCCGGGCGUGGACGCGGUAAGUCCGCCGCGCUUGGCAUGACCAUCGCCGGGGCGGUGGCGCAGGGCUACAGCAACGUCAUGUGCACCGCCCCGAGCCCCGAGAACGUCCAGACCCUCUUCGAGUUUGCGAUUCGCGGACUGAAGGAGCUGGGCUAUCGCGAGCGGACCGACUUCGAGGCGCUGCAGGGCGUCAGCGAGGAGUUCGCCAAGUGCUUUAUCCGCAUCAACGUCUUCCGUCAGCACCGACAAACGGUGCAGUUCGUCUCGGCCACCGACACGGCGAAGUUCGCGCAGGCGGAGGUGGUCGUGAUUGACGAGGCGGCGGCUCUUCCGCUGACGCUGGUGAAGAAGAUACUCGGCCCCUAUCUGGUCAUCCUCAGCUCCACCGUCUCCGGCUACGAAGGCACGGGCCGAAGCCUGUCUAUGAAGCUCGUCGCCGACAUGCGUCGCAGCAGCGGGAGCGGCUCGGCCGAUGCACGCCAGCUGAAGGAGGUCUCCAUGGCGGACCCAAUCCGCUACGGUCCGAACGACCCGGUGGAGCGGUGGCUAAACAAACUGCUGUGCCUUGACGCCACGAUGGAGAACACGCAGCUGACCAGCUCGCCUCACCCGAGCACCUGCGAGCUCUUCUACGUAAACCGCGAUGCCCUCUUCUCCUACCACCCCCUCGCUGAGGAGCUGCUGCAACGUGUUCAGUCCUUGCUCGUCGCCGCGCAUUACAAGAAUCAGCCGAACGACCUGCAGCUUCUGUCCGACGCACCGGGCCAUCACUUGUUCGUGCUGUGCUCCGAGAGCGUGGAGACGUCCGCUUCCACGGCACCGACGCGCACGAGUUCCCCCGCGGCGGCGGUGCCCGACAUUUACUGUGUCAUUCACGCGUGCGAGGAGGGCCAGGUGAGUGCGCAGAGCAUCAAGAGUCACCUCAGUCACGGCUUGCGGCCCUCCGGUGACCUCAUUCCGUACACUCUCUCGCAGUAUUAUUUGGAGGAGGGAUUUGCGAAGCUGGCCGGGCUGCGUGUGGUGCGCAUCGCCACGAACCCGGCGCUGCCGCGUGCCGGCUACGGCUCUCGUGCGCUGUCGCUGCUGCAGAAGUACUACAGCGGGUCGAUCGCACUGACCGCGGCGGACUCGGCGAAGGCUGGCGGCAGUAAAUUCGGUGAUGCCGCGAAGGGAUCGAACAGCCGCAACGAUACAAGCACCGAGAAGAACGACGAAGGUGUGGAGGCCACUGCCUCGCCGGCGGCCGUGCUGGCCCCUCGCUCAAACGUUGCCAGUCUCCUUACCCCGCUGAUUGAGCGCCCGUACGAGCUCGUGGACUACCUCGGUGUCAGCUUCGGCCUCACCACGGAGUUGCUCAACUUCUGGAAGAAGGCCGGGUAUCUGCCGCUGUACGUGCGUCAGGCCGCCAAUGAGCUGACGGGCGAGCACAGCUGUAUCAUGGUGCGCCCCAUGGGCUUUGAUGUCCGACUGCUGCAGAGCGAGUUCCAGCACCGCCUGCUGUCGCUGCUGUCGAUGCCCUUCCGUCACCUGUCGACGGAGCUGGCGCUGAGCCUCGUAUGCGACUUGGAGGCACACGACCCACACAAGCUCGCGGCGGCGACGGAGCUGGCAGAAGUGGAUCGGCACCUGGUGCGCGUCGACGGCGUCCUGCAAGCCACGCACGACGACAUCGCAGCCACUUUUACCAGCUCCGACCUGCAGCGCCUGCGCCUGGUGUCGACCACCUUCAUUGAGGGCGGCAACGUGCUGGACCUCGUCCCGACGCUGGCGAAGCUGUACUUUGCCAAGAGGCUCUUCCGCGCUCCCGACGGCACGGACGGCGUGGUGCUGUCGCAUGCACAGGCCGCGGUGCUGCUAGCGAUCGGUCUGCAAUGCCAAACGAUGGAGCAGUUGGCGGCGCAGCCGGCCUUUGCAGCCGUGGCGGUGCAGCAGCUUCGCGCGUUGUUUCUCAAGUCCCUCGCCCGCCUAUCCGAGCACCUUUCGAACUUACAGAAGAUUGCGAAGAGGAAGACGGCGGCGGCCGCACCAGCAGCGGCAACGGCGUCAGCCACAGCGGCGGCGGUGCAGGAGACGGGAGUGGACGACGAGGAGGAGACCGCGGAGGAGGUUUUCGACAGCGAGGGCAACCUGAAGGGGCUAAAGGUGGCACGGAAGGUCAGGUCGCAGGUGUCUGUGGACACAACGCUGCUGCGCGACACGGCGAAGUCCGUUGCAGGAAACGCCGCCGCCCCUCUUCGUGGCCGGGAGAGCCUGCAGGACGUCUUUUACCGCCCCAAGGGCAAGUCAUCGCGCCACCGCUAA